UGGUUCUCCUUAUUGGUUCUCAGAGGAAUUUAUCCAGAGAAUAGCUAUCGAGAGGUAUGAGGAAAUCGGCCGUUAGUCCGCCAUAUAGAAUAGAUAUUAUCUUUUUAAAAAGCAUCAAAGCAAUGUAUGUUAUUUUUUACUAUGCCAAAAUAAAUCAAUUGCCUAUCUAGGCUGCGUUUGAGGAGCGCAUUGUCACAGCGCUGUUGAAUCAAUUCUACCUUUAUUGCUCAUUAUAUGUAAAACAAAGAUAGAACGACGCAAUAACGCCGAAAGCGUGCUCCUUGAACGCGGUCCUAGUCCACUCACUUCACUUUACCUUUAUCUCCCCAACUAAAAAUAUCCUUUCAUAUCCAUUCCCAUGCGUACCGAGAAUGGCGUAUGGACUACCCUUUCAGUCCACGAGCCAUAAAUGCACGAAACCACCAUCGACGGAUGCGAAGAUUGAAUCGAGAGGAUGUUUAUUGGUUUUGCUAAGCAAUCAGCAAUGUCACGUGCUGCAAUCGCAAGUGUGUCCAGUUAAUUUAAACUGAAAAAAACAUUUAAAAGAUCUUUUCCUAUACACAUGCUUCCUCUGAAAAUAUAUAGGCAAUCAUGUAGAGCCUAGAAACAAAUAGAUAGAAGAUGAGCCCGUAUUUGACAGCUUUGACUUCAACACGAAGGCGAUGCCUAAUCGUGUUGUUGCUGAUCCUAGGACCAUGUGUGAUCUUAAACUUACUAACAUCCUCAGACAUGCGUGAAGAAACCAUAUUGCAAAAUAACAUUGCUGAAUUGCAAGUGAAACUGGAACAUCUGCAUGCCAAAUAUAUUGGCAGUCAAGAAGAGAUAAGUCUGCUUUCACAUCAACUACUUCAGUUGAUUGAGAAUAGUCACAUUCUACCCGAUCUGCAGCUGCUCAUCAACAAUGGCACCUCUAACAUUACAAACAUCAAGCUGCCAUCAAUCUACAACUUUUUACCACAUUUUCUCAAUGAUCCAAAUAGCUUGCGUCCAGCUUUUGUACAAAGCAAAGGUAGAUCAGGAGUAAGCAUGGUACUCGGGGUGCCAACAGUGAAACGAGAGACCCAGUCUUAUCUUAUGGCAACUUUAAGAAAUCUGCUUGAUCGUAUGAGCGUUGCAGAGACUGCAGAUACACUGAUUAUUGUUUUAGUGGCUGAAACAGAUAUGGAUUACGUGAUGUAUGUUGCAAAACAAAUUGAAGUUCAAUUCCCGAACGAAUGCGAAACUGGUGUAGUAGAAGUAAUAUCUCCAUCGCCGUCCUAUUAUCCGGAUUUGUCGAAAUUGCGCGACACUCUUGGCGAUGAUCACCAACGUGUUAUUUGGCGGUCCAAGCAGAAUUUAGAUUUUGCCUUUCUCAUGUCUUAUGCCCAAUCAAAGGGCACAUUCUAUGUACAAUUAGAAGAUGAUAUUCUGGCUAAGAAGAACUUCAUAACUACUAUGAAAACUUUUGCAUUACAGAAGAUUGGUACAAAAGAGAAUUGGUUCGUUCUCGAUUUUUGUCAGCUCGGAUUUAUAGGUAAGUUGUUCAAGUGCGUGGAACUGCCUUGGCUGAUCCAGUUCUUUUUGAUGUUCCACAAUGACAAGCCUGUUGAUUGGUUAUUGGAUCAUUUAAUAUCGACAAAAGUAUGCAGUCUUGAUAAAGAUAGUAAACACUGCAAAAUGGCUAAAGCAGAGUUGUGGGUGCAUCAUAAACCCUCUCUUUUUCAACACAUAGGGACGCAUUCUUCUUUAAAAGGAAAAGUGCAAAAACUUAAAGACAAACAAUUUGGUAAGAUAACAUUGUUCUAUGCCCACGAAAAUCCCGAGGCAACUGUGGAAACUCAAAUUAAACCUUACAAACAAUACACGUUACAAAAAGCUUACAGAGGCGAAUCAUUCUUUUGGGGCCUGUUGCCACAGCCGGGAGACCACUUAAAGUUUAAAUUUUCACAUCCUAUUUUUAUAAAGAAGUACUUAUUUAGAAGUGGUAAUCCUGAACAUCCGUCUGAUAGAUUUUAUAACACAACAGUAGAAGUAUUAUCCGAGAGAUCUCCGUUAUUGGAUCGGAACAACAACGAUGUAACAGAAGAUGGUUAUUAUAUUAUAGGAAAAUUUGAUGCACUUGGCAUCGCCGAAGGAACUGUCAAUCGAAAUUUGGGCAAGAUAUCGGUUCUUCGUUUGACCGUACAUAGUGAGAGCGAAAACUGGGCCAUUUUGUCUGAGAUCCAUAUAGUAGAGGAUCAACCUAGCUGACGAAAAGAAGAAGAAAUGCAAUUUGAAAUACCGUUUCUUCGAUACGGAUAAUAAAAUCGAUUUUUAAAUA